UAAAGUGCGAUCGAAAAUCACAAUUAGUAUAACGCCCGUGGCACGACACUGCUCGAAUAAAAUAUGCGUAUCGCGCGUCACGGAGCGGUCAUUUUCGGCGUGCGAAUUAAUUAUUACCGACAAAUUAUUACGCGUCUUCACCGCGCAUACCGUGCAUAUUUUUCGCGAAUAAACGUCAAAUCGCUUUUCGCAUAUUCAACGCGCAUAAAGAUCCGCGGUUACAGCGAUCACGAAUCGCAGUGAUCGGAGAUCACAGAAACCCGAUGAUCGUCGUUCCAGUGGUCAAACACAGGUCACUGACUCUCCGCUCUAGAUUGGACGGCCUCUUAUUGGAAAUGUUACGGUUUCACGGUAAUGGUACAAAAAAAAAGGAGCAACGAACGUCGAUUCUUCAACUGCAAAUGGCGGAUCUUUUAUCGGCGGCAUUCGAUCCCGCGGUGGCCGACCGAGGAGCGCCGGGAAAUUGCGAUGCAUUAGGCCGAAAUGAAAAUCGGAUCGGCCGUUUCUCGCCGAGCUUGAUAUCGUCGGGUCAACUAAGAACUGUCCUCUAAAAGGGUCGAGCGUUCGCCGAGGCCUCGAUUUCGGUGCCACGGUCCACCGAGCCUCGAACAGACGCGCGACCACCGAACAUGGAUAAUGUCGCGGCUCGCUGGGAAUCGAAGUGUGCGCACCGCGACAAUCGCGCCACUCUGUGCACGUGCACGUCAAGGUGCCCCAAUUUGCGUGCGAACACGCGGUAAAAGCUCGUCCGGUGAUUUACAAUACAUCGGGCAACUACAGUGUCCGGCAUUGUCGGGAAAGGGGGAUACUUUGUGCAACAAAAAAGGGGGACGAGAGCGACGGAAAAGUGGAAAGAGACGGCACGGCCGUCGGGGAGAGAUGCGGGGCGAACCAGGAAAGCUUCGACUGUGUCGUCCCCGCGGCAACCAGUGUGGAAACACGAACGAACGCGAGGACCACGGGGUGGUCCCUUCCUCCCGAAGAUUUACUAUCACCUCGACGAACGCCGCGAACGGUUUCCUUCGAGCCAUCGAAACUUUCCCGCCGACCACGCGAUUUUCGAGCCGGCGGAGGACACAGAAUUCGCGUUGCCACGCGAGCCACCGGAAAUUAGUUGACGGCGCGCGAGCGAGGAGAGAAGUUCCCGCGAUUCCCAGAGAUUCCGAGCGAUUCCGAGCGAUUCCAAGCGAUUCCCAGCGAGCCGGGAACCGAAUCUACUCGAAGCGCAAACCCUGUCGAGCUGUAGCUCUGGAGGAAAAUUGGGCAAAAUUCGCUGCAGAGAUCGACGUUCCUAGAUAACGCAAUGAUCUUUGAUAGAUCCAUUCGAUACGAAUAAAAGCUCCGCGGGGGGUGGGCACGGCGACCAUAAACUUCGAGCGACGCGACGGUGUAACGGGAAACGCGGGCGAGGACCGAUCGGAUAAAGCUAAGAAAUGAGCAAAACGGUAUAUCGAGCGGUUACGGGAAUCGCUCCGCCGUACGUCAUGUACAAUACCAGCAGCGACAGUUUUUACGGAUAUUGCAUCGAUCUGCUGAACGAUAUUGGAUCCCUGGCGGGGUUCGAUUACACCGUCAGGAAAUCGUUCGACGAGCGUUACGGGCACAGGGACCGAGGGAACGGCAGCUGGAACGGUAUGAUCGCUGAAUUAAUGAAGAACGUGUCGGACAUCGCCGUCGGCCCGAUAUGGAUCACGUCCGACAGAAUCAAGGUGGUAGACUUCACGAAGCCGUUCCAGAGACCGAGCGGUUUCACGAUAAUGAUGCUGAAAAAGAGGAAGCAGGUGCUGUUCCUCCACUUCCUGACGAUCUUGGAUCUCGAGAUCUGGCUGUGUCUCGCGCUCGCUCUCCUCUCGAUGGUCCUGCUGCUGUUCGUUUUGGAGAAAUACUCGCCGUUCAGCUAUCGGAACAACCGCGCGAGUUAUCGGGACCAGCCGGACGAUCGAUUCUGCACGGCGAAGGGAUGCUUCUGGUUCGCCCUGACGUCGUUGACGCCUCACGGCGGCGGGGACGUCCCGAAGAACAUCUCCGGGAAAGUGGCAGCCACGUGCUGGUGGGUGUUCGGCUUCGUGAUCGUCGCGGCGUACGGGGCCAAUCUCGCGGCUUACGUGACCCUAGGCCGGCUCGAGAAGGAUGUCGGCUCCCUGGAGGAUCUCGGGAAACAGUAUCGGAUCUCCUAUUCCACCGUGGCCGACUCCGCCGCCCACGGAUACUUCCGGGCGAUGAAGAAGACCGAGGAGAUGCUGUUCGGCGUUUGGAGACGAAUCACCCUGGAUGAGAACACGCCGGAGUGGAACAGAUCCCAGUACGCCGUCUGGGAUUAUCCCCUGGAAGACAAGUUCACGAAGAUGUAUCGCGCGAUGGAGCAAGCGGGAUUUGUUCGGAACGUCGAGCAAGCCGCGAAGACGGUCCGGAAAGUAAACCGCACUUUCGAGUUCGCUUUUAUAGCGGACGCUAUGACCAUAAACUACCUGAUCCUGACGAACUGUGACUUCAGACAGGUCGGGCAGGAGUUCGGCAAGAAACCGUUCGCGCUCGCCGUGCAAAAGGAUUCACCGUUGAAGCGGAGAAUCGACGACGCGAUCACGCGUCUGGCGACACGCGGCAGAUUGAAGCAGCUCGAGAGAAAAUGGUGGGACGAGAACCCUUCGAGGGCAGAUUGCCCGGCAGAUUUAGACCCGAACGCCGGCUUUGGUCUCGACGAUUUGGCGGCGGUGUUCUCGCUGAUCCUCGUCGGCGUCCUGCUCUCCAUUCUAAUAUUAUGCUCGCAGUAUUUCCGGCGUUCGCCCGGCGACGUCGACGGGAAACCUGCGGAAAGACGUCUCACCCGCGAUCGAUCGAACGUCCGAAAUCAAAGCGGAGCCGAGGACAGCGUAGCCUCUGUCGGAAAUAUUUUUCGCUCGCGUUGUUCCGCGAACACGCUCCGAGCUGGAAACUUCCUGCGGAACGACGGCAGCCGCGGGAAAUAACCGGGGGAAAUGGAAGGAACGACUAGAAUGCUUCUUUUUAAUUUUGUUGUUUCUUGGAACGACGAACGAAUGUAAAAGAUCGCGUUCAUUUUCAAUUUUUUAGCCGUGUAACGAAAAUUUAAUCGAUGCGUUUCGUAGGCGAUCGCAUCGCAGGAAGAUUGUGAAGUUAGAAACGAUUCAGCUUUCGUUUGGCAUCUACGGAUUUUUCUGCAAAAUAAAUAUUGUCCAAAUUGAUUCUAAUAAAUACAACGAGUUAAAAAUAAUGCCUCGAAAAAAAUAUCCUCGAAUUCUUUUAACGCCUUUACAAUUUUGCGUUUGACCUGCUUAUUAUUAUGUUAAUAUCUUUAUAAUUUGGUUUUCGACCUGUUCGUUUCUCUCGCGAAAUGAGUGCAUACCCGCGGUAAUCGUUCCUUCCAUACCGAGGGAAAUGGAAGGAAAGAUAGGAAUGGACGGAGCGCGCGAGCCGUCCGGGGAAAAAACCGUUGUUUCCCAGGAACAGAUUUCCCGUUCGCUCGUCGGAUUAACUUGUCACGUCCUGACAAACCGGCCAAACAACCCCCGCGUCCCAGGAAACGCGACGGAAACGCCGUUUGUCGCGGCAAUUAGCUGAAUCCGUUUUCUCAGCCACCCUGCUCUUUUUUCUGUCUUUUUUUCUGUUUUUUUUUUUGAGAAACGACGGAAAACCUUCCGGGUUUGAUGCGGGAAUCGAUAAGGUUUUUACGCGACUGCGAAAGUUUUAGACCGCCGAUUUCCGCGUUUUUUGCACGUAGCACCGCUGGAAGCGAUUUGUACGAUUCAGCUUGUCGGAACGAAUGAAGAGCGAGUUCCGUGCUCGAAUAAAGAGACUGAUUUCGAUUACCAUUCCCGAUGGCGCAAGAUCAGGAAAUUCUGCCACGUUCCGGUCUUCUACGCUUGGGAACCCUUGUCGCGACAGGAUCAGUUGAAAUCCACGGACCCAUUCCGCUCGAGCUCGACUUCGUUAAGAAAGGAACACCCGGCUCCGGCGGAUCCCACGAAAGGGGUCCCGUAACGCUAAUUUCUCGCGGCCAGACACCCGAUCCGCAGAACGUUCGAACCGCUGCGAACGUUCGUUCGCGAUCUUUGAGGUGUUAAUUCGCGAGAUGAAUAUGCGCCGAGCGAUUUGCUAGUCCGACAGGGACGCGAAAUCGCAAAGAUCGGCGACUUCCGCGAUCGACCCUCGCUAUCUAUCUUGUUUCGGGCACGUGAUACACGGCCGAUAGGAACACUAUGAACAUCGAUUAUAAUUGGGAAAUUUUCUGAUCGCUGCCGCAAUAUUGAAUCGUCGAUCUAGCAGCGUCUCUGUGCUUCCUUCGGCGGCCAGAACUGUCACGCGGGUCGGUGAUUAAUUGCUCUUUUUGUGCGAACGACGCAGAUUGGAGUUUUUGGUCUCAAAAACUGGCUCGAUAAAUCUUGCGCGCGAUAUGAAAUUUUUGCUUUCUCAGAUAGUCGAAUGUACAGUCACCGAAGUAUUCGUACACUUUUAUAGAUGUUCGUAACAUUUUUUAAAUGUUUCAUUUCCAAAUGUUUCGUAUUUUCUGGCGAUGUUAAUGGAAUUAGUUUGCCGUGAAACGAGUAGAAUGCUUCUUUUCAAUUUUGUUAUUUCUUGGAACGACAAGAAAAAUAUGAAAGAUCACGUUCUUUUUUAAUUUUUUAGCCGAGCAUGUAACGAAAAUUUAAUUAAUACGUUUCGUAGGCGAUCGCAUCGCAGAGAUUGUUCCCGUAAAAAAAGAUUGAAAAGUUAGAAACGAUUCAGCUUUCACUUGGCAUCCGCGGAUUUUUGUGCAAAAUAAAUAUUGUCCAAAUUGAUUGUAAGAAAUACAACGAGUU